AUGGCUGGUUUGGUGAAGCAAAAUAUGGAAGCAUUUGUUGUCUUUGUCACGUUCAAACUGCGUUUGUUUCAUCUGCCAGUUAUUGAGGAGCUAAAAGCUACUGGAAAAUUUGAACUGAUGAAUCUCCGUGUUGAUGAGGCGGAGCACAGCAUGGAAAUGCAUUUGCCAUAUCUAGCUAAAGUAUUUGAGGGGCAUGAAGUAAAAGUUGUUCCCAUCUUGGUUGGCGCACUAAGUGCUGAAAGCGAAGCCUUGUAUGGACAACUGUUAGCCAAAUAUGCUGAUGAUCCUAGGAACUUUUUCUCUGUUUCCUCGGAUUUUUGUCACUGGGGCUCACGGUUUGAUUACAUGCACUAUGACAAGAAACAUGGUCCGAUAUACAAGUCCAUUGAAGCCUUGGACAGGAUGGGCAUGGACAUAAUAGAGACAGGAGACCCCGAUACUUUCAAACAGUACUUGCGGGAAUACAAGAACACAAUCUGUGGCCGCCAUCCGAUCAGUGUUUUUCUCCAUACGCUGAGAAAUUGUUCGACGAAGAUGAAGAUAAAGUUCCUGAGAUAUGAGCAGUCAAGCCAAUGCAAGAGCACACGGGACAGCAGCGUAAGCUAUGCCUCUGCAGCUGCAACUAAGGUUGUCGACUCUUGAAACCCUCCUUUGUCCGAAUAACGUUUUCUCCAAACUGUCUGAAAUUCCAAUCAAACUCACUUCAUUCUAAGUAACAAAAAUUUCCAUUUUUCAAAGUCUUUGCCUUUCCACUUCCCAUGGUUAUGUCUGAUUUGAUUUAAGAAUCCGUGUUAUGUU